AAAAAAAAAAUACAUGUAUACAUAUAACAAUAAUAAAUAUAUAUUAAGUAUGUGAGUAAAAAUGACAGUAAUAGAGUCAGUUAGUGGUUAGGUUAAUGCAGUGUGCAAUGGAAGUUUUAAUUAAUAAAUAAGUUAUGUGGGCAUGUUCAAUUGUCCGACUAAUUUAAUUAUUCAAACAAGGAUAUUAUUAGAAUUUCAAAUGUUUCAUAUUAAUAUUGUGAGAUAGAAAUGGAGUAUAAUUAUUCAGACAAUGUUUACAGAUUUUUAUUGCAAACGGCUUCUAUAUGUGUUAGCACGAAUAAUUAACAAGAAUGUACGGAAAAUUACAAUGGCACGACUGUGGUUAAAGUGUUUAUUAAUUAUAUUUGUUAUUUCAAUAACAAUAUUUGUGUAUUCAUUAUUAAAUGUUCCAUCAGAAAUAAAAAUUUAUAAAAAAGUUUUACCACAGCCUACCAAAAUAGUGAGUGACGUAUAUUCAGAGCAGUUAAUUAUUAAUAAACUUGAUUGUAGCAAUAUUGAAAUUGCUAUGGUUUGUGCCGGUUAUAAUUCAACGCAAUCGUUAAUUACUGUUAUAAAAUCAUUAUUAUUUUAUCGGACUAAACCUUUACGGUUUCAUUUUAUCGUCGAUGAGAUAUGCAAUAAAACAUUAAAUGUUUUAUUGAAAACUUGGAAUUUACCUCAUGUCGAUGAAAUUUUUUACCCAGCAAAUAUAUGGAUACCAAAAGUAUCGUGGAUUCGUAAUAAACAUUAUUCAGGGGUUUAUGGUCUUUUGAAAGUGAUAUUACCAGAAAUUUUAGCCAUUGAAAAAGUUAUUGUACUGGAUACUGAUAUUACUGUACUGAGCGACAUUUACGACUUGUGGAAAAUAUUUAAUGUGAUGGAAAAUAAUGGAGAUAAAAGUAAAAAUGUUUUUGCUUUGGCCGAAAAUCAGAGUGAUUGGUACAAAAAAAAAUCGGAUAGUGGACAACGCCCUUGGCCAGCAAUAGGACGUGGUUUUAACACUGGUGUUAUGCUAAUGAAUUUAAAAGCACUGCGUGAAACUAAAUUUAGUGACUUGUGGAUUAAUACGACUCAAUACGUUAUCAAAGAGCUUUAUGAAACAAGUUUAGCUGACCAAGAUAUUAUUAAUGCUGUUAUCAAAAACAAUCCGUCGAUGGUUUAUGUAUUAGACUGUACAUGGAAUGUUCAACUGAGUGAUCAUACGAUUAGCGACCAGUGUUAUAGCACUGCCAAACAAAUCCAAAUAUUACACUGGAAUUCACCACGCAAACAAAGUGUAAAAAAUAAAAAUUCAAAUGAUUUCAAUAACAUGCACAAAGUGUUUCUUGAUAUGAAUGGUAACUUGUUGAGGCGUAAAUUAUUCGGAUGCGAUCCAAUUAAAAAUUUAACAUACAUUGAGAGUAAAGAUAAUUGUAAGAAAUUUUCAAAAAAUUCCGCCAUUACAUAUCGGACCCAUUUAUUUAUCCGCGAAUAUCAGUAUGAUAAUUACAUAGACGCAGAUGUUGGUCUAGUGACUCAAUGUAGUUUUGAUCGAAUAACUUUGCUAGAUGAACUAUGCAAACGUUGGCCUGGUACAAUCAGCGUCGCUGUCUAUUUAACAGACGCAGAAGUACAAUUGUUUCUUGAUUUUGUACGAAAUUCUGAUGUUUUGAGAUUCAGAAAAAAUAUCGCUUACCAUGUUGUGUACAGAGAUGGGGAAUUUUAUCCAAUUAAUUACUUACGUAACGUUGCGAUAUCCCAAAUCCAAACUCCAUAUAUAUUUCAAUUAGACAUUGAUUUUUUGCCGCCAGUAGAUUUAUACGAAAAGUUGAUAGCGUAUAUUUAUAAAUUGAAUAGAAAUGUAUCUGAUGCCUCUAAUAGAAACGCACUGAUUGUACCAGCAUUUGAAACACAACGAUACAGGUUCACGUUUCCUGUUAAUAAAGAAGAAUUACUAAAGUACCUAAAUUACGGUGUUUUGUAUACAUUUCGUUACCACGUGUGGACAAAAGGCCAUGCUGCCACUAAUUACAGUAAUUGGAAAACUGCAACUGAACCUUAUCAAGUUACAUGGGAACCGGAUUUCGAACCUUAUAUUGUAGUGCAUAAAUCAGCCCCACUCUAUGAUGAACGAUUCAUUGGUUUUGGGUGGAAUAAAGUUUCAUAUAUUACCCAUUUAACUGCCUUAGGAUAUAGUUACAUUGUUUUACCCGACGUAUUUAUAAUUCACCGUCCACAUGCUCCCAGUUUAGAUAUUGGUAAAUUUCGAACUGAUGCUCUCUACCGCAGGUGCCUGAAAAAAUUAAAAGAUCAAUUUGUUGAUGAACUGAUAAUUAAAUAUGGAAAUAAUUCACUAAUUAAAUUAAAAAAAACCAAAGAAUAAAAU